UAACGCGUUGCAAAAUACUACUAUGGGCAGCAUUCGCAUUUUGAUAUUUUGUUUACCACUCUUGGGCACCACCCACUGUGAAGAUGCUGGUUUAGAACCAAAUACUGGGGCAGUAUCUGAAUGGAAGGGAGACCAGGAAAACGGGAUUAACAAAAAUCUCCAUUUGAAGAAAAACUGGUAUGGAGAAGAUUUGGUAAAACUAUUGAGCAGCAUUUCUAAUGAACUAUCUCGUGCGAAGACAUUCUGGAAAGAUUUUAAAGAAGAGUCUGAUUUUGAUAGUCGACUGAAAGAUAUUAACAAGCAAGUGCAUAAUAAUAUUUUGGCUUUUAAACAUCUAGUUACUUUGCCACAAACUGUACAGCCUCCAGAAGACACGUCUUCAAACAUGGGUACUCAGUCUGAACAGAUCGCUGUCCCAGAAGAUACGUUAUCAGACAUGAUUACUCAGUCUGAACAGACUAUUGAGGACACAAGACGAUUGGAUAUUGGGGAAGCAUCUGACUCGAAGGGAGAGUCGGAGAACAAAAAUGUAAAGAAACAUCGGAAUAUCAACAUGGGCAACACGAAAAGUGAUGAACCAGCGUUCAUCAGACAGCUGAGCAACAUCAUAGAACAACUAUCUCGUGUGAAACAAUUGAGGAACGAUUUUAAAGAAGAAGCGUCUAAUUUUGAGAGUCGAUUGAACGAGAUUAACAAGCAAGUGCAAAAAAAUAUUUUGGCUUUUAAACAUCCUGGUAUUUUGCCACAAACUGUACAGACUGUUGAGGACACAAGGCGGUUGGAUAUCGGGGCAGCAUCUGACUGGAAGGGAGAGCCGGAAAUAAAAAAUCUUCAUUUGAAGAAACAUUGGAGUAUCAACAGGGCUAACAUGGAAAGUGAAUUGGUCAAACAAUUGAGCAGCAUCAACGAACUAUCUCGUAUGAAACAAAUGAGGAAAGAUUUUAAAGAAGCAGCAUCUGAUUUUGAGAGUCGACUGAAAGAGAUUAAUAAGCAAGUGCAAAUGAAUAUUUUGGCUUUUAAACAUCCGGGCACUUUGCCACAAACUGAACAGCCUCCAGAAGAUACGUCUUCAGACAUGGAUACUCAGUUUGAUCAGACUAUUGAGAACAUACGUUUAAUGGAAAUUGCUUUAGCUGGCGAUGCACAGAAAUUUCAGGGUUCACGAGCGACAAUCGCAGAACACAGAAUAUUAGUAUUUAUAAUUGUCUGCGUCCUCGUGGUUCUGCCAGUCAUCGGGAUAUUAAUAUGCCAGGUUUGUGGAUACAACCCCGUAGACAGCUCUCUCCAAAACAAGCAGUGGAACCAAGCAAGCAGAAACACCAAACAACAAAGGUCUAGCAAUAAACAGCCAGAAAGUAGAAACAUUAACCACCAACGGUCUAAGAUGGAACAGCCACCAAGUUCAAACAUUAACCACCAACGGUCUAACAUGGAACAGCCACCAAGUUCAAACAUUAACCACCAACGGUCUAACGUGGAACGGCCAGCAAGUCCAAACAUUAGGCAAGAAAGGUCUAACAGGGAACUGCCAGCAAGUGCAACAAUAAUUAAUCAGCAAAGGUCUAACACAGAACUACCAUCAAGUGCAAAUAUUAGCCAAGAAAGGUCUAACGUGGAACGGCCAUCAAGUACAAACAUUAGCCAGCAAAGGUCUAACAUGGAACUGCCAGCAAGUGCAUCCAUUAUCCAGCAAAGAUCUGCCAUGGAACUCCCAGCAAGUACAAACAUUAGCCAACAAAAAUCUGACAUGGAAAUACCAGCAAGCAGAAACAUUAGUCAGCAGAGCAAGAAAGAGGAGGAGGCAGAGGAGGAGGAAGACGAGAGUGGGACCCUCACCGAGGGGGAGCAGGAGGAAGAUGAGGAGUACGAGGAGAAGGAGGAAGAAGAAGAGGCGGAGGAAAAAGAGGAAGUACUAGCAAGUGCAAACAUUAAACAACAAAGGUCUAACAUGGAAAUGCCAGCAAGUACAAACAUUAGCCGGCAAGGGUCUAACAUGGAAAUGCCAGCAAGUGCAAACAUUAGCCGGCAAGGGUCUAACAUGGAAAUGCCAGCAAGUGCAAGCAUUAAGCAAGAAAGGUCUAACAUGUGGGUAUCAGCUAGUCUAAACAUUAAACAGCCAGGGUCUAACAUGGAAAUAGCAACCAGUGCAAACAUUAGCCAGCAAAGGUCUAACACGGAACUGCCAGCAAGCAGAAACAUUAGUCAGCAGAGCAAGAAAGAGGAGGAGGCAGAGUAUGAGGUAGAUAAUGAGGGGGAAGACAAUGAGGAAGACGACAGUGAUACUGCCACCGUGAAGGAGGAGGAUGAGGAGGAGGAAGAGGAGAAGGAGGAAGAGGAGGAGGAAUACGAGAGUGAUACCGCAGUUGUGGAGGAGAAGAAGGAACAGGAGAAGGAGGAAGAGAAGGAAGAAUACGAGAGUGAUACCGCCACCGUGAAGGAGGAGGAUGAAGAGGAGAAGGAGGAAGAGAAGGAGGAAUACGAGAGUGAUACCGCCACCGUGAAGGAGAAGGAGGAAGAGGAGAAGGAGGAAGAGAAGGAGGAAUACGAGAGUGAUACCGCAACCGUGGAGGAGAAGGAGGAGGAGGAGAAGGAAGAGGAGGAGGAGGAGCAGGAGGAGGAGGAGGUAGAGGCUAAGCUAAUGUGUUGUGGAAAACGGUAGACUGCUUACCAGAAAUAGGUAGAGUCCAUGAGUGUGAUUGGUGGAAUCCACGAGUCGGGACCUUGAUUUUAUCAAGACUCGCGGAGUCUCCGAAUAUGGAAGCAGUGAUAAAGCGUUCGCCUGGAGUCUCCCACGUGAGACAAGUCGAAGGCCAGCUAAAAAUGGUCAGGCACAACACCCACUACACAGAGGGUUUGUCACAUCAGGUUGCUGGAGGAGGGGGGUGGGGGUGGGGGCUGGUGGUGGGGCCAUGCCUCUGGAACAUUUCGAGACUAUGUAGAGUUGAAUUGUAACAGCAACAAUAGGUGACAUCCUGUUUUCUAGUGGAUGGGGUGGGGUGGCUUUGGUGCACAUCUUAACGAUUUGAUUUAAUUAUCUCAGCUUCAACAACUAAAUAUCCUUCAGGAAUUGUUGUUAAUAAUAUGUCAAUGAAGUAAACCUUUAUAUUGUUGUUAAACUAGUGACAAUAUGGAUUUUCAAGAUGGCCGCCAUUUACAAAUGUGGCUGCGAAGUGCCAUUUUAUUUUACACUUAUAUAUAUAUAUAUUUCCAAUGGGGUGGUGUAGUGUGGCUUAGGUGCAAACCUCAACACUUUUAUUUGAUUUUGUUUUCAGCUCCUACAACCAAUAUCCCUUAAGAAUUGUUGUUAAUCCUGGAUUUGUUUUUAAAGAUGGCCACCAUUUAUCAAUAUGGCUGCCAAAUGUCAUUUUAUUAUAUUUAACUGUCACAUUUACAUGUUGUCUACGGCUUGUAUAUUUAUGCAAUGUAUAAACAGGAUUUCAUUUUAAGAUAUGGUUUUUAUAAGUUUACAGAAACAAUAGGUGACAGGCUAUUUUCUAAUAGGUGUGUGUGUGUGUGUGUGUGUGUGUGUGUGUGUGUGUGUGUGUGUGUGUUUACAUGCAAAUGUCAACCCCUUAAUUUGAUUUUCUAAGGCUCCGACAACCAAUAUCCUCCAAUAAUUGUUUUUAACAACAGGCUAUUUUCUAAUAGGGGUUGGGGUGGUUAAGAUCCUCCAGCGAUCCUACCUUUCCUAAAAAAAUUCAACUUUUUGAUCUUUGUCCUAUUUUUCCUACAUUUUUUUUUCAAAAUACCAAAUUUUCCCUACAUUUUUGUUUCAAAACGCCGCGAAUUGCUGUUAAAGUGUGCAACAGUUAUGGGAUUUUUUUUUGAUCAAGAUCUAGCACCCAAUUUGUAGUACCAGAAAUCUCAACUUAUUAAAAUUACACCCUUAAAGCUAACAUUUUUGUUCUCCAAUGAUUAACAUGGUUAUAAUGUACAAUGUGUAGUUAUCACUUCAGAAUCUAUAACAGAUUAUGGAAAACUUAAACUAAUCAUGCUAAUCUAAUUUACUGUGCAGCAGCAUUACUAUGCAUAUAAAUAUGUACAUAUAUAUUCAUUAAUACAGUGUACACUAAUUUGAAGUAACUGUAUAAUGUGACCGUUACAUACGAUUUAUAUUAUUUUGGAUAUAACAGAAAAAUACAGGUACAAUCUGAGCACCACAUAAAAAAUGUGAAAGUGUUUUCUCAAUAAUACCACUUUUUGGAUUUAACACAUUCGUUUUCCCAGUUUGCGCAUGAAUAAUGCCGCUACGUACUGUUUCGGUCCUACUGUUUUCUUGUUUUCCUACUUUUGUCCUACUUUUUCUAUAUUUUCAUUCCUACUUUUUCAUAAGGGUGUGCUGGACAGCCUGAACAUGCGCGUAUGAAGUAAGCUAGUUCAUUAAGGAUGUGGAUUAUUUUUUCAAGAUGGCUGCCAUUUAUCAAUAAUGGCUGCCAAAUGUCAUUUUAAAAAACAUCUGAUUAUAUUGAUAAUAACUGUCUCAUUUAGAAUACGGUUUGGUUAAUAUUUAUGUAAUGUGUAAACUGGACAAGAUUUUUUUUUUUUAAGUUUGUAUAUUAUGUGCGUGCGUGCAUGCGUGUGUUUGAGCACACGUGUGUGUUUGAGCAAACGUAUGUGUAUGUAUGCACGCACGUUCGUGUGUUUGUGCGUAUUAAGCUAUUACCUAAAUGUUGAUGAAAUAAUUAAAUUUCUGUUUUCAGUGAA